UCCUGAAUUGUCAUUGAGAUAUUUUUCAUUAUCUCUAAAAGUAGUUGAAAACUUUAUGGAAAAUGAGAAUGGCUUUAUUGAUCUCAACGGAUCAGAAUUAGAACCACAAGUAUGGGUUCACGUUUUGCCUAGCUUCAAGAGAGGAAAGGUAACAUCCAUAUCCAAAAAAAUUCCACAAACUUGUUCCUUCAACAGCUACGAACAAAUAAAGGAAUACUGGAAAAAUAUGUAUGGCUAUAAUCUACCAGAAAGUGAUGUGGGACUGAUUUAUUAUCAAGUGUGUUUUCCCUGGCCUGAACAAAACUACUAUCACUAUCCUAGCUGCUGCAUUAAAGCUGUCCAGCCCACACAACUUUUCCCAGACAAUGGGGAACAUAUAACGCAGCAGUUCCUUCAAGAUCUCACUGAAAGAGUGCCCACGAUUUUUGGUUCGACGCUAAAAUUACAUGAAUUACCCUCACGACCACCUUCCGAUAACUGGCAAAAAAAUGAUCACAAGGAGAAUAUUUUAAAUCAGUCAUCAUGGGUAGUUCGGAAUACAAACAAAAUUCCAAAUAAACAAUUGACACCAUGUAAUUCUCGGAGUAGUGCAAAUCCUGGCUACAAAUUGCCUGUGAAUUAUCUUGCCCAGAUUGAUGUAAAUUACCUCGGUGCUUUAUCCACUUUUUCAAAUACUUCCGGAACCUCGAGAUUGAUGCAUAACGUAAUAAAAGAUAAAAACCUGAGGGAUGCUCUCAAUAUAAAACGAUUUGUGAGCACAUGUUCGACUGAUAAAAGAAUCCUAGCAGAUUGUUAUGAAAAGUUUUUUCCUCCAGAAAAGAAAUCAAAGUUUUCACAACUUCCUUCCGAUUCAUGUAUUAAGGAAUAUGGCUCUUCACCAUUAUCGGAUAAGCCUAACAUAAAAGUGGAAACUAUGUGUUCAUCUGAAUUGAUCAAAUCUGAUUCUGAUAAAUCACAAAUAUUGAAUGAAUUCGGUGAAAAAGUGGACGACACGUCGUUAAAUUAUAUGCUACGUAGAAGAAGUAGCUUUGAUUUAAACGAUUUUUGUGCAGGAUUAGAUGAAAACAAUUUGUCUGUUGGGUUACUGGAUAAGAAUAUUGCUUUGUGCCCAGAGAAAAGUGACAUCGAUAAGAAUGAAUUUGAUGGGCCCAAUAGUGUAUUGGAAGUGCAAAGCCAUUAUUUCACUAAUAUUCCUGAUAAAUCGCAGUGUAAUGAAAUUACAGAUUUGGUCAAUACUUCACUACAGCAGGACAAACAGUCAGAGAAAAUCAAACCGUUAUCAAAAUUGAAAUUCAAUAACUUGUUCGGCAGGAAAUCAAAAACUCAGAGAACAUCGACAAUGAAUUUGGGAAAGCACAUGCAAAAAAGCAACUUUAAAACAAACAAUAUCGACUUUUACUUUAAAGGGAAAAAGCAGGUGAAUGUAAGCCAUUUUUCAAAAGUGCCAAUAAAACCUUCAAUGCCGAAGCUUAUUCAAACGAACUUGACCAUCAAAAGUGGCGGAAAAAUAGAACUGUGUGGCGCAAAUAAUAAAGAAAGGCAAUAGACUAAAAUCUCAACACCCUGCCAGAAAGGAUUUACCGAAUGAUUGGCAAGUGAUUAUCAAUCCAUAUUAUUCAAUCUGUUUUUUUUUAAAGAUAUUAUUAAUAUAGUACUAUUAAAUA